AUGGCACAAGUAAGUAUGCUGAUAUCGGUUCUUUUUGCAUCCAUUGUAAAGACAAAUGGACAAGCGAAUUGCUCAUUGAAUAAUCCAUGCGGCCCACAUGGGUAUUGUCGUGAUAAAACUGGCGCCAUUAUUUGUGAGUGUAAGUUUUGGUGGGAUGGAACAUUGUGCGAUCAUCAGACAAAUAGUGGCAUACAAGUGAUCGUGCUUGGAUGUCUACUAGGUGCAUUAAUGAUACUUUUUUAUGGAUUACAGAUUGGAAAUAUGAUUCGAAGGCGAAGAAAACAACCGAAGAAAGCGGAGAAAAAAGAAAUUCCAUACAAUACGAAACUAGUUGACCUAGCUAUACAUAAUGCGAAACGAUCGGUACGGUUAUCCUCAUUUAUCAUUGCUAUUUGCAUGAUGAUUGUUGCUGCAGUGGGAUUAGUAUCGAAAUGGACGAUCAUCCAACCUAUACACGACGAGAUUGUCAAGAAAUAUUUAAACAAUCAAUCGAUUUAUUUUAUACCAAAUAAUUUCUGUGACGUUACAACUUAUCAGAAUUUUAAUGUUAUAACAUUUCCUGUUUCAUGCUUUGUUAUUCUUCUCUUCAUUAUACGAAGUCAACGGGUAUCUUGUUUACGUGAUAAACUUCGUGGGUACGGGACACCGCCAGUACCUAUAGAUUUUCUUUCGCAUAUCGAUCGGAAAUUUGCUGCCGUUGUUUUUGCUGUAUGUGCUGAUGAAUUAAUAUCAAUCUUACAAGAAGCGUUCAAUGGUGGGGGAGCUAAAGGUAACGGUGUCAUCGUCUCCUAUCUUCUACGUUUAUUACAAGUCAUUGUUAUGGGCUUUCGUUAUUAUCCAAUGCUUGCAGCAGUCUACAUCAAUUCGAUCUUCACAUUAGCUUGCGGUACGAUCUACGCUUGGCUAGAUUAUUCGAUGACCAUAGUCAAUCAAGGAAUGUGUCAACCGGAUUUCUAUCCAACAUACGAAGAUUCGUUGGAUAAUUCAACUACUAUUUCUGAAAAUCUUAACUACUUCGGUACUGGUCCAAGUUUAAUUGCAAUUCAGCUAUGUACGGACAUCCCCCGGUAUUUAUGUUUAGCUUACAUCAAUGUGAAAUUACCAAUGUUGUUGAUCAAAAGAAUUAGCCGACGGUUUAGAAAAAAUAUCCCAUUCGAAGAACGAAUGAUGAAGAAAUUAACUCGCGAGCAAAGAGACUUCUUUCGUAUUUCGAAUCCGACGUCAGUGGAAAUGCUUUAUGUACAAAAUCUUUUCCGUUCAAUAGCUGAUCAACGACCACCAAGUCGCUCCUUGUGGGCUCGAUUAAUACCGAAAAAAAUCUACGAAUGGAGAGAUGAUUUUCAAUUUUCAGCUCGGGUUUUGUGUGUUUAUUCUUCGAUCUUCCUUCUCCUGUAUUUCGUUGCCAUUCAAGCAUGCGUACGCGUAAUACCUCAAUUACAAUUCGUCCAAAAAUUAAUACAAAGCAUUCUUGACGCGAUAUCUAUAAUAGCUAUUGCAAGUCCUUCUGGUGAUACAGAAGAAGCGCAAGUUGAUACUUCGACUAAAAUUGUCGAUAGUCUCACAUCAAAUUUUCCUGUUCCAGAACUGACUCGACCGUAUAUAGUUGCAGUUUUCAUGACAUUAAUCAUUAUCACUACUCAGCUGUUGGUUAUGCUUGCUAAUAUUCGUCGAAAUCUAUUUCAAUCAUUUCGUGGCGAUGACUCCGAGAUUCCCCGACGACAACGUUCAAGAUAUAUUUCAUACGCAGCUGGAAACAUUCAUUUCGCUGGAUACUUCAUCGGUUAUUUGAUUUGGGGCUUUAUACUUGCUGCAGUUUUUUCGGCUUUAAUAUGUAUUGCAGUCGAUGCCUUCAUUACAUUCGGAAGUGUCCGAUUAGUUGAAAAGAUUCUAAAGAUUAUUAUACCAAGUUUAUUAUUCAUAUUGUUCAAGCAAUACUUAAACAAACUGCUCGCACAAUAUGUCUUCUUGCAACAUCAAGGCGACGUUCUUGCUUUGAAUAAUCGACGAAUCUUAAUGAUAUUUAUUUAUUUCAAUUUCUUCCUCGAUGCAUUUCUCGGUUUUAUUUCAUCGAUUAUGCGUUUAGUCAAGAGUGUUGUGGGUGGAAUUAUCUACAUGUGUCGACUGGAUUAUUCUCCAUUAGGUCGUAAAUUAGAAACCAUGGAUGGCGGUUUUAGUGCUUAUUGUGGUUUCAUACACACAGAAUGUGCUCAUCGACAUCCGGUUAUGUUGGUGUUUGUUUCACAUCUAUAUACGCAAAUCAAAUUAAAACAAUGGGAAGUGAAGAAAAGGCAGUUCAAUGAUUUGUCGAAAGAUGAAAAAUCUCCAACGAAAUCAAAUCGUUCCUCGAGAUAUGUUCGUAAAUGGAAACUACUGGUCUUUCUUGUGCGAAAUCCAACCAUUGUCUUUUUUCGUAAAGCUUUUCUCAAUCAACUACAUAUUGAUGAAAUUCAUGCUCUCAAUGAUGUUGACAGUAAUGACAAGAAAAAUAUGCAACAACGAUUAUCGAUUUAUGCACGUCGAAUGUCGGCAGCACGUGGAAGUAUUGUUUCAGAGACGUCGUUGAAUCGUGUUCAAAAUUGUCGACUUUAA